AUGGCGGCGUCCGCGCGUUCGGAGGCGGUGCGUUUCGAGGCUAGCGCGUUGCGCGAGGAUCUGCUUGCGCAAAUUGCGGCCGACUUAACGGCCUGGCGCGAGUUGGAGGCGCAGGACUUGGCUGAACGGCGGGAGUGUUUACUCACGCCGACCCGGGCGGGGGCGGCGGCGGCGCAGUUGGAGUCGCUCCGGGCGCAGCUCGAAGCCCUCCACGCGGCCGAAAGUGCCGCGGUGGAGCGCGGCACACGCGCGCUUCUCAGUCGCACACUAUCCACGGGCGCGCCCGCCUGCAAAAUUGAACGUGCCUGUGGCACACAACGUGUCGUCACCCUUGAGCACCUUGCCAGCCUCCUCCUUCACCCCGCCGGUGCAGACGUCCUUCAAAUGCUCCUCGGCGUCCGCGAAACCGCACCCGUAAACAGCCUCCUCGAUGACCUAGCCGCACUCGUCAUGAUGAUCGGCCGACGAGCACACUUCGCCGCCGCACUCGGCGCCGUCAAGGAACUCGCAGACCUCCUAGACCCCCACCCAGACGGCCUCCCUGAGAGUCAGGGCCCCAACUCGCAGGGCCCGGACUCGCAGGGACCGGACUCAGCGGGUGGGAAAGUGUCGGCCGGGGGGGAGUUGAGCGCGGCGGGAGUGGACGCGGGGCGGGUGGCAUGUGCAUUUGAGCGGCUGAUUGAGGUAAUGAGUCAUCGGUCGGCGUACUUCCACGCGGCGGGUUCGAAGAAGGGGUGUGCGUGCGAUAUUUCAGUGGACAAUAAGCCGGUGGACGACCUGUUUGCGGCGGAGCCAGUGAGCGGGUCGUGGACGCGAGAGAGCGGGCGGGUUUGUUAUGAUCCGCAUCUAUUGCUGUUUGAGUUUGCGAACAACUUGCGGUUGCGUGCGAACCAAGUGGACAUCGUGGCGAAGAUGUGUGCGGCUGUGGUGGGGCAGGCGCCGUUGUGUAUCCAGCUGAUGAUGGGGCAGGGCAAGACGACGGUGAUAGCGCCUUUGGUUGCCUCUAUGUGUGCCACCAGUUCGACACCGGUGAUGUUUGUGGUUCCGCCGAAUCUGGUGGACUUCUCGAAGCGUUCGCUGGAGACGCGUUUCGCGGCCGUGUUGAAGCGGCCGGUGUACGAGUUGCAGUUCAACCGCUACAUCGCGUUGCACCGCGACCUGCUGGAGGACCUGCGGCACAUCCGCAACAGUCGCGGGGUCGUGGUCUGUUCGCCGACAACAGUAAAGUCGGUCUACCUCAAGUUCGUGUUGUUGCUCUCGAUUGUGUGGAAGGAAAGCUUUGUGUGCGAGGGUGCGCCGCGUGACCCGGUGUGGGACGCGAGUCGACGACGCGCAGUGCGGACGAUCAAGUCGCUGGUGGCUGCGAGCCGGAAGGUCGCGGAGGGGCUGCGGCUGCCUGAAGGCCUGCGGUUGCCGGGAGGUCUCAGUCGUGGUGGUAAGACGGCGCGGCGGUCGUUGUUGGGCGACUUGCGUACGGUGAUGGAUAAGGUGGCGAAGGCGCGACAGCCGGCACCGGCUGCGCCGCGGCGCGGGCUGUACCAUCGGUUGUUGUACCGGCGAUUGCGGGAUAACCGUGCGGUUCCUGAGAGUGUGUUGCGCCGUGAAGCUAAGUUGGUGCAGAGUGAGUU